UAAGACCUAGUACCCAAAUGGGGAGAGAAGGAAGGUGAAAUAAAAGCAGUCCACUCCAAUCAUUCUCCCCAAACUGAAUGACGCUCUCAACCUCCAUUAUCCGUAUGAUUCUUCGAUAAAACGCAGCAGCAAAAUCAGAUAAUCUCCGAUCACAAGAAAUCAUGAGUGAGAGCAAACGCCACAAGCAACUUGAAAUUCAACAUACAGAUGAUAUGAUUGAUUAUAUCAGCAAUCUACCGGAUUGUAUACUUCAUCACAUACUAUCGUUUUUGCCCACAAAAGAAGUUGUGAAGACCUCCGUAUCAUCCAAAAGAUGGAAGAAUAUAUGGGCUUCGGUUCCAAAUCUUGAUUUUGAUGAUACUUUGUUGUAUGCAAGUGAGGUGGAUUGUCAACAUUCAUCCGAGUCGACUUCGUUCAUGAACUUUGUAGAAAGAAUCCUCAGGUUACGAGAUGCUUCCGCUAUUGAAAAGUUUCGUUUAUCAUGUCGUGUUUGGUCUAAUGCGCCGCAAAUAAGUUCAUGGAUUUCUAGUGCUAUUAUGCACAAUGUCCGGGAGCUUGAUCUUUGUAUCUUUGCAGAGGACUCAUCCGUAAUUCCUCAAUCUGUGUUCGAUUGCAAAUCGUUGGUUAUCUUGAAAAUCGAAAUGGAUUGUGUAAUCGAAAUCCCGCCACGUAUUUCUUUUCCAUUCCUAAAAACUUUACAUCUGUCUCUAGUUACUUUCCUGGAUGAUGAUUCUACAGAAAAGCUUCUUACAAGCUGUGUGGCUCUGGAAGAAUUGGUUUUGUUGGAUUGUGAUUGUGGGAUCUUGAAGAAUUUUACGAUUUCUAGUUUGACCUUAAAAAGGUUGACCAUAGAUGACCUACCAGUUUAUGAACCUAAUGACUGUAAGAUCAAGAUUGAUGCGAAAAACCUUACGUGUUUGAAGUACAUUGGAUAUUUAUCAAAUGAGAUUUUCUUGAGUAAUGUUCCGUCGCUGGUCAAAGCAUGCAUCCACAUUCCUAUUUUACAUGGGAGACAAAAAGAAGUUGCAUGUCGUGCCGUUGAUCUACUUAAAGGGCUACGAAAUGUUGUGUUUUUGAAGGUAUCUAAUCGCACUAUGGAGGGUCUUAUGUAUGCAGGUAGCAUGUUGGACCGUUUUCCCGUAUUUCCAAAUUUGACCCAUCUAGUCUUGACUAUGGAAAUUGGGAAUUACACUUUCAGAGCACUCAUGGAUUUGCUCAACUUCUGUCCAACUCUACAAUCUAUUAAUCUCUCUGAGGGAUUUGAUCGUUGCAUGCGGCUUGGUGAAAAUGAUUUGAUCUGGUUACUGGUACCAAUAUGCAUAUCGCAUCAUCUCAAGGCUUUGACUUUCAAGAACUUUCAUGCGGAUGAUUCAGAAAUAUGUUUCCUUAAAUGUGUUCUGAAGUAUGCGCGUGUUUUGGAGAAGAUGGAUGUCUGGUGGUGUAAAACCGAGCCACGAGAUCUAAAGAAGCGAAGAGAUGUGAGGAAGGAAUUAGAAAUUAUUGAAAAGAGUUCUGCAGCAUGUAUAAUCAACUUCUCAUGAAAUGUUUAGAAUUUUAAUGUCGUUGUUUUUGUAUUUUCACAAUGCACCCUACAAGAAAGUGUUGGAUUUUGUUUGAUGUUUUCUACAAGAAAGAGCUCUACUUGAUAAUA